AAUAACAUUCUGCUUUGUUUCUCUUCCAUUCAGACUUCACUAUCAUGGGAUUAAUCAAUAUCCUGAAGCAGUCAACCCUGACCCAUAUUUGUCUGUGGUGUAUAUUUAUCAUCAGCGGUCUUAUCGUGGUAGCUCUACAGUGCUGCACCCUCAUCGUAUGGCCCUUCAGCAGACGCUGGUAUCGGAACGCCAAUGGAGGGCUCAUAAAACUCUUCUGGUUACAGUAUGUUUGGUUGGUAGACCAUUGGUCUGGAUCGCAGCUAUUUAUUCAUUGUAAGGACGAGGAUCUUCCAUUCAUUGGUAAAGAUGACUGCUUAUUUGUCCUCAACCACCGAAGUGACGUUGAUUGGAUCAUCACUUGGCAGGUUGGUGCAAGGUUCAACCUUCUACCGGGUGGCAAAGCAUGCAUGAAGGAUGAGCUGAAGUACGUUCCCAUCAUGGGCUUGUCCUUCUAUCUCACUGAACAACCUUUUGUCAAGAGGAAUUACACUAAGGACAAGGAGAACCUUUUGAAGCAACUACGAAACAUCACCUCAUUUCACUUUCCAACUACAACCGUCAUAUUUUGUGAAGGGACAAGAUACACAGAGGAAAAGUACCGGCUUAGUCAGGCUUUUGCGAGAGAGAGGGGACUCCCUGAGCUGAAGCAUCAUCUGAUACCAAGGACCAAAGGUUUUGGUCUGUGUGUGCAGGCUUUCAGAGGAAAAAACGUCCAAAUAUAUGAUGCAACACUGGCGUAUGAGGGUGGCAAGGCUCCAACACUCUAUGAUGUACUCUGUGGCAAGAAGUCUGACUGUCAUGUUUAUGCAAGGAGAUUCCCUUUAGAUGAUGUCCCUUCUGGAUCAGAGGAUGAGUUUUGCCAUGAGAUGUACAGAGGAAAGGACAAAGCUUUUGACUACUUCCUUCAGCAUGACACCUUUGAAGGAUUUGAUGCACAGCGAUCAAUGCAUGGCUUCCCUUGUCCAAGACUCUCUCUAUAUGUUGUGAGUGGAUGGGCGCUUCUUAUUGGAUUACCAAUCCUUUACUACACCUCUAUGAUAGUCAUCUCUGGGUCUAUCUUGAAAGUGCUUAUCCCAGCAGCAGUGCUCUAUGCAAUCUACCGUUUUUCAGGCAGACAUGCAAUCUACUGAGACCUCAUCUUACGGUUGAAGGACAAAACAAAAUAAUGUUGGUUCAAUUUAAAUGAAAGAACAAUAAAAAUCACAGUACAAAAAGAAGAGCUUAACCAUAGAUUUAGUAUUUAACAUUUUGAUAAAGGUAUGUAGAGUACUUGGGUAUUGUUUAUUUAAUGUGAAAUUUUGAAUGGCAUGACAUUUUUUAGAGUACUUGCCAACUUGCACUGAAAUUCCAUGUUUAUUUAAUGUGAAAUUUUGAAUGGCAUGACAUUUUUUAGAGUACUUGCCAACUUGCACUGAAAUUCCAUGUUUAUGUAAUGUGAAAUUUUGAAUGGCAUGACAUUUUUUAGAGUCCUUGCCAACUUGCACUGAAAUUCCAUCUUUAUUUAAUGUGAAAUUUUGAAUGGCAUGACACUUUUUAGAAUCCUUGCGAACUUGCACUGAAAUUCCAUGUUUAUUUAAUGUGAAAUUUUGAAUGGCAUGACAUUUUUUAGAGUUCUUGCCAACUUGCACUGAAAUUCCAUGUCUGAAUUGUAUUUAAAGUCACAAGUCAUUAUGAUAAGUCUGAAGCUAGCCAAGGCAUAAACUUAAAGUUAGUAUAUGAUAAAGUGAAUCCUGUAUAUACAUCUCACUCAAGGGAGACAAGGAAAGCAGUCUUUAUGGACAGGUGGUCUUACUGUAAAGACGGUUGCUAAAGCAGGUUUCAUUGUACAGUUGUAAUAGUAUUGGAUUUGUAUAGCCACCACCCAGAGUGCUUAUUGCGCUCCAAUAUUACCUCCAAUCUAUCAAGCUAGAAGACUGAUUGUAUAUUCAUUUUUCAUGAUAUUAAGAUAUUGUUGAUGCCUGCUGUGGAUUUCAAAAAAAAAAAAAAAAAAAAUGAUUUUGUUAACAUUUUGUCUGUUUUCUGAUUACAAAAAAAUGUGUAACUAUUUUUUUUAUGAGUUGAUAUUCAUUCAAAGAUGAACUAUUUCAUGCAAUGGUAGGCCCAGGGGUUGCAUGCCCUCAGCAAAACUGGGUUAGCAUGGCUAAAAUUCAGCAAUUUUAGACCCUUAGAAGGAAAAUGUUAUAACAGGUCCUUUUUCUUGUCAGAGAAUUCUGGAUUAAAAAUAAAACUUUCCAAAAAGUGUGAUAACUUCAUUAGUUAUUUAUUUUAUUUGUCGUAGAUUCAGAUUUGUUGUCUGGCUUAUGUCACCCCCCCCCCCCCCCCAUCUUUCCCUGUGCCAGAGAGCCCUAGAAUUGCCACUAAUUGUAGUUAAGACGAAUGGAGUGUGAGUAAUGAAUAUUUUAGUGAAUUUAUAGUGUAGUACACAGUAUUUGUUCAGAAAUAGGCAUGUGGCCAGGGUAAAUCUUCUGUUUUUCUGUAUAGAAUUUGAAAUAAAGAAGUGCUGCUUAAAUGAA